AUGGACUUCUUACUCAGCAUCCGGCAGGAGGAUGGCAGCGCCGAUGUCCCGGCCGAGGAUACACCCUUGAGCGUGACCGUCGACUGCGACACCGGUAACGAGUAUGACGGUCGGCUUGGUCUCCGCAUCUCAUCCAUCUUUGUCAUCCUCGUGGGAGCGCUGCUGGGCGCGCUGUUGCCGGUGGUCCUCGCAAGAAGCAAACGCAUGCGCGUGCCUCCGAUCUUCUUCUUCGUCGCCAAGUACUUCGGUACCGGUGUUAUCAUCGCAACGGCGGUGAUGCACCUGCUGGUUCCUGCAUUCGAUGCGCUCUCAUCGCCCUGUCUGCAAGACCUCCCGGUCGCCGACUAUCCCUGGGCUGGCGGCAUCUGCUUCAUGACUAUCAUGGUCAUGUUUCUGAUCGAAGUGGUCAUCAGCCACUACGAUCUCUUCGGUACCGGCGGUGGAAUGGGCCAUGAUCACUCAGGGAGCGGCCAGGACCCGUCCCUGAAGCUAUUCAAGCAGGGCUCUGACGGCUCGGCUCACUCCCCAUCCCACGCCAACCACGAUGUCGAAUCCGGUACCAACCACUCCAAGGAGCAAAACUCGGCCAACACUGGCUUGCCCGGUGAGGACCACCUUGGACACCACCGAGACCACAACGAGAAUGACGCCGCGUUUGCCGCUCAGAUGACGGCACUCUUCAUCCUCGAGUUCGGCGUCAUCUUCCACUCCAUCUUCAUUGGUCUCACCCUAGCUGUCGCCGGUGAUGAGUUUACUGUGCUCUACAUCGUCCUCGUCUUCCACCAGACCUUUGAGGGUCUCGGUCUGGGUUCGCGACUGGCUGUUGCUGCUUGGCCCAAGGGUAAGGGCUACAUGCCGUACCUGCUCGCCAUCCUCUACGCGCUCAGCACUCCGAUUGCCAUCGCCGCCGGCUUGGGUGUUCGGGAAACUCUGGCUCCCAGCGGCACCACGACUCUUAUCAUCAACGGAAUCUUCGACUCUAUCAGCGCCGGAAUCCUGCUGUACACGGGUCUGGUCGAGCUGAUGGCACACGAGUUCAUGUUUUCGCCGCAGAUGCAGAGGGCCGGCCUGAAGAUGAAGCUGUCGGCUCUGGGCUGCGUGUACCUGGGAGGUGGUCUGAUGGCCCUGCUGGCCAAGUGGGCGUGA